CCUGUAGCUAACCGCCGCGCUGACGCUGCAAGAUAAAACCUCUGAACUUCAGCUGCAGCGGAGUCACCGAGCAGAACAGAGCCGGGACCUGUCGACGGUAAAAAUGCAGGAGGAAUCGACCAGAUCAGAUGAUCCAGACGCCACGAAUACAGCCGGGAAUCUCCGGUCUUCUUGUCCGCCAUGCAAUGAGCAGCUUCUCAAGCCAAAGCCUCCAAAAAGUCAUCCAAACCCAGAGCCAGGAGAAGUACUAAAUGAAGACGGAAAUGCCGCGGAAGCGGCUCCUCCAGUGAAAGAGUCUCAGCACUUGGACUUCUCAGAAUACCUUCGAUUUGACGAGCAUGGGAUGAUUCUUCCGCACAGCAUCCUUGGCAGCUUAGAUGAUUUUCGAAUUUAUUUGGAGGCCAGGGGGGAGAAACAUCUGUUAAAGCAUUUUCCGAAGCCUUUGAGAGAUCCCGCAUCUGAAGCCAACAUGGAGCCUCGCACAGACAGCAGGGAUGGAGAGAUUUCAUACCAGAGCAAUGCGCUUCAGAACUGGGAUAAACACAUGACAUAUCGCAGACGGAAGCAGAAAGAAUUGUCUGACUCACUCAACUGGCCUGUGGAAAACCUGCUGAUGAAUCAGGACAAGCAUUUCAGAGAAAUUAGGGAGCAGAGGGAAAUUCUAAAUCAAGUCAUGCCGCUCGCCUACGCUGGAUACGGUUACACUGUGGGCGGCGAGUUUUGGAGCCUCCCACAGCAUCUCGGCGAUGAAUUGACCGGUAUCGCAACCACGCUGACUCAGACCGAGCGAGGCCUAAAGAAACCCAUCACACAUGUGGGACACCCAGGCACCAUACACAGGGAAAUGGGAAUCGUUUCUACUGAGAUUGAGCGUCCAGCUACUCGACCUUGGGCUCAGAGUGCUUACCUGCAACACAGGACACAGGAACUUGAACACAUUGUGCAGGACGUGGACAUAAAAAAUCUAGUUAUGAGUAAACUGGAGGUGAUAGGUACCGGAAAGCCGCACACUUCCUUGUCGGAGCGCCAGGAUCUCCAGAAUGAGGAAGACGAGAAGAAGGAAAACAUUAUGGAGGAAGAGAAAUUUGACAGAGACUCACUGGAGGAAACUGAUGAGGAUCAAGUCCAGGCUUUGCCCUAUCCUGCUUUGAGGAUUAACGGUCAGCUUGCUGAAUGGACUGGACACCCAACGUCUGAUAAGGGAGAAGUUGGCAUCAGUACCUCCGUCUUGUUCAAAACCCAGACCGGGCAAAUUGUCUCAACCGACAUGGAGCUGCGCAACGAAGGCAACACCGUCAUCUUUUACAGCUGGAAGAAGCUUCCAAGACAACUAAGUCUGUCUCACCUGUACCAGCAAAAGGACCGUGUGCGCUACUACUUCAGAUCCUCCUCUGGUACAGAUUCACAAACGCGAUGGAACACCUGCUACUGCUGUUUGCGCGUCAUGUAUUUGUCCAUGUGUCAACCCUUGUCACGCUACCAGCACUCAGCCUUUUGCAUUUUUUUAUUUUUUUAUUUUCACUUUAACUCAGGUGUGAUUCAUCCCAGAGAAACCCAGCAGGUGGAGUUCAUAUUUAAGUCAGAGGAGCAAGGUCUCUGGACUGAAAUUUGGCAGCUCAACACCAACCCUGUGUUGUUGCAAGGAGCCUCGAUUCAGAUCAGGCUGAGUGGGGUGGCCAUCAAACUGGACAAAACUGCAGAUCAGAGGAGCUUCUUAAAGAACAAGCUGGAAAAGGUUGUUGUGGAAAAGUACUAUCGAUCAAUUUUGAACGGACAAGUCGGGAACAUCUACGUCCCUGAAAGGCCCAGGUCACCUGCAGAGCUUUACCUCACUGAAGAACAGCUGUUCCAGAACAAAAACCCCAGGUUGCAGUACCAUUACCAGCCAAUAGAGACCCUAAAGACACUGUGGCAACAGGUGAAACCGGAGGGCAGCUGGGAUCUCUCUUUUAACACUCUUCGACAGGCUGUAUUGUCUCUGCCUGUUGAGGAUCCUGUCAAAGAAGAGAGCUUUUCCCAGCUCAAUUCUUUGUAUCUGCAACUUUGUGAUCCUCCCGCUAGAAAACACCACCUUCUAACACCGGCCGAUAUAGGGCAGCAACUGUGGAUAAACCUUCUGGACUUAAUGGGAACUGAAGCCUUCAGGAUCAGAGAUCUGAUGGGGCUUCCAGAGAAAGAUUUGUGGUCUGAUGUGAGUACUCCGUCGCCCACCGAUGACAAGAGAGAGUCAUCGGGUGUAAUAGAGAAGUGUGGCAUGAGAGUAAAACUGAAAGACAUCGGCAGAUCAGAAUCCAAAGAGUAUGACAGCCCUUUUGAGGCCACUGGAGUGAAGAGUAAGAGAAUGGAUCAUGCAGGCAAGCGUUUCAGAGACAGACAGUGGAAGGAGUCUGAGUCACUGGCUGACUUUAGUUCAUUUUUCGACCUCGAAGCCAUAGACGAAGAGACCCUCUUGAUCUACAGAGCAGCUUUGCACGAAAAGGUUUAUAGUUGGAUGGAAGAACUUGUGUGCAAUCUGUGUGACCUGAUGGACGACAUUCAGGUGGGUGACGGACAGACCCCAAAGUGCUGCGCCUGAAAGGCAGGCUGGAUGAGAAGAAAAAGGCCCAAACAAUCAGAUAUCACUUUUGUUGACGAAUCAAUAAAGUUUGUUUUACUGAACA